CGCUCUCAGUUCCACCGCUCGGGCUCGACCCACCGCUGCCCUCAGCUCCGAGUCCAGGGCGAGCGCAGAGCAGAGCGGGCGGAGCACCCCGGGCGCGGGCGCGGACGGCACGCGGGGCAUGAACCUGGAGGGCAGCGGCCGAGGCGCAGAGUUCGGCAUGAGCGCGGUGAGCUGCGGCAACGGGAAGCUCCGCCAGUGGCUGAUCGACCAGAUCGACAGCGGCAAGUACCCCGGGCUGGUGUGGGAGAACGAGGAGAAGAGCAUCUUCCGCAUCCCCUGGAAGCACGCGGGCAAGCAGGACUACAACCGCGAGGAGGACGCCGCGCUCUUCAAGGCUUGGGCGCUAUUUAAAGGAAAGUUCCGAGAAGGCAUCGACAAGCCGGACCCUCCUACCUGGAAGACUCGCUUACGAUGUGCUCUGAACAAGAGCAAUGACUUUGAGGAACUGGUUGAGCGGAGCCAGCUGGACAUCUCGGACCCGUACAAAGUGUACAGGAUUGUUCCCGAGGGAGCCAAAAAAGGAGCCAAGCAGCUCACCCUGGAGGACCCGCAGAUGUCCAUGAGCCACCCCUACACCAUGACAACGCCUUACCCCUCGCUCCCAGCCCAGGUUCACAACUACGUGAUGCCACCCCUUGACCGAAGCUGGAGGGACUAUGUCCCAGAUCAGCCGCACCCGGAAAUCCCGUACCAAUGUCCCGUAACGUUCGGACCCCGCGGCCACCACUGGCAAGGCCCAGCUUGUGAAAAUGGUUGCCAGGUGACAGGAACCUUUUAUGCUUGUGCCCCACCUGAGUCCCAGGCUCCCGGAAUCCCCACAGAGCCAAGCAUAAGGUCUGCCGAAGCCUUGGCGCUCUCAGACUGUCGGCUGCACAUCUGCCUGUACUACCGGGAAAUCCUCGUGAAGGAGCUGACCACGUCCAGCCCCGAGGGCUGCCGGAUCUCCCAUGGACAUACCUACGACGCCAGCAACCUGGACCAGGUCCUGUUCCCCUACCCAGAGGACAAUGGCCAGAGGAAGAACAUUGAGAAGCUGCUGGGCCACCUGGAGAGGGGCGUGGUCCUCUGGAUGGCCCCCGACGGGCUCUACGCGAAAAGACUCUGCCAGAGCCGGAUCUACUGGGACGGGCCCCUGGCGCUGUGCAGCGACCGGCCCAACAAGCUGGAGAGAGACCAGACCUGCAAGCUCUUUGACACGCAGCAGUUUUUGUCAGAGUUGCAAGCGUUUGCUCACCACGGCCGCUCCCUGCCACGAUUCCAGGUGACUCUGUGCUUCGGAGAGGAGUUUCCAGACCCUCAGAGGCAAAGGAAGCUCAUCACAGCUCACGUAGAACCUCUGCUCGCCAGACAAUUAUAUUAUUUUGCUCAACAAAACAGUGGACAUUUCCUGAGGGGCUACGAUUUACCGGAACACAUCAGCAAUCCAGAAGAUUACCACAGAUCUAUCCGCCAUUCCUCCAUUCAAGAAUGAAAAAUGUCAAGAUGAGUGGUUUUCUUUUUCCUUUUUUUUUUUCUAUUUUUAUUUUUUAUUUUAUUUUUUUGAUACAGGGUCUUGCACCGUCUCCCAGGCCGGAGUGCAGUGACACGAUCGCAGCUCACUGCGACCUCCGCCUCCCAGGUUCAAGACACUCUCCUGCCUCAGCCUCCCUGGUAGCUGGGAUUAAGGUUUGAGCCACUGCACCCACCCAACACAGAUGAUUUUCAUUGUAAAUAUUUGACUUUAGUGAAAGCAUCCAGUUGACUGCCCUCUUGCUGUUUUGAGGAACUCGGAAGUGAAGAUUUCAGUGCAGUAGCUGAGGAGAAUUGCCGCCAGACAAUUGUGGAAAAUCAGUGACAUCUGAUUGGCAGAUGAGCUUAUUCUGAAAGGAAGGUGGCUUUGCACUUCUUGCGCUCUCUAGACUGCCGUCAUUGAUGAUCACUGUGAAAAUUGACCCCGUGAUGUGUUUACAUUUGCUGAAGUGUGUUCUUUAAUUUGGUGUAGACUAGGUCUUGCUGGAGGACUGAGAACACUUGCCUUUCAGUGUUGACACUGACUGGAGCGAUGACUGCUUGCAGGUGUGUCUGUACCAUUUCUCAGGGAAGUAAGGUGUAAACAGAAGAAGCCUCACACAUAGAAGAAAUGUAUUAAUGUAUGUAGGAGCUGCAGUUCUUGUGGAGGACACUUGCGGAGUGAAGGAAAUGGAAUCUUUGACUGAAGUUGUGCCUGUAGCCUGGGGGAGGCCCCUUCCCCACCUGCCAGUGGUUUCCUGGUGUGGGCCCCUCUGCCCCGCCCUCCUUCCCACGGGCUUCUCUCCUUGGCCUUCCCUGGAAGUCAGUUAGUUCUUGUGCCAAAAAACAGGAGAGUUCCUCUUGGAUAGGACAUUUUUGUCUGUCCUACUAUCUAGUAAUGUCUAAGUGACGGUUAACUUUUCUUGUUUCUGUGUCUUUUUGUCCCUCAUUCUCUAGAAAUGCUAAAAUUCUUCUCAUAAAGAAGAAGAAAUUAAGGCGCAUAUAUCUUACUACCUGAACUGUUGCCCUUCUGUCCAAGUACUAAGCCGUCUGUUCCCCUCCUCUGUGCCACUCUCGUCUGUCUGUCUGGCUGUGCACUGAUCAGCCUCGGUGACACUAAAGGAGGAGGAGCUGGGACUCACAGGCUGGCGAGCACUGCCAGGAGCCGCCGCUGGAAGCAGGAUGGAGCUGGCUGCGGAGCUGCACACCCAGUGGGCUGUUUCUGCUUUCAUCUGUUCUGUGCUUCCUCACGCCGAUUAUAGUUUGACAGGGUCUUAAAACUACUUGGCUUUUUACAAAUGCAUCUAUUUAUAGAAUCCCAAAGACCUCCACUUGCUUAAGCCAACCUGAAAAAAGGAAAACAUCUUUGUGGUUUCGAGAAAGUACAACGGUGUAGAUGGGGGCGUCUCCCCCAGGGUGUUUCUCAUGCUGCAGGAUAUUUCCUAUCACUCCCAGGGUCCGCAGACUGUGUAGCUCUCAGAAGUGCGGUCCUGCUUUUCUAAUCGGUAUUUUAAAUGGAUUCAACAAGCGCAUAAUAGGUGCCUGCUGGCCGGGCGCGGUGGCUCAAGCCUGUAAUCCCAGCACUUUGGGAGGCCGAGACGGGCGGAUCACGAGG